UUUCCCCUUUCGGAGCAGAAUGGCCGGGAGAGCGGAGCAAAGCCAGACAGCUGAGCAAAACCAAGGUCGAGAUGUGGACUUAUCCAUGAGGCGUCUAAAAGUUUUACCUCUGGACAUCCUGCAGAACCCACAGAUCUGUCAGCUCAAUUUAGACCGCAACAGACUGAAAAAUGUCAGAGACAUUUCCGAGUUGAGGAGUCUGGAGACCCUCAUCCUAUCUAAAAAUGAGCUGGUGGACUUUCCCUCAGAGAUUGGCUCGCUGCGAUAUCUUGAAAAGCUGCAUUUGAACCAGAACAAAAUCCCACAGAUCCCAGAGGGAAUUUUCUCCUGUCUCCCACUCCUAAAACAGCUUAAACUCAACAACAAUCGGCUCAGUGACUUCCCGGGAGACCUUACCUGUUGUGCUGAGCUGCAGUACCUUAACAUGUCUCACAACCUUAUCAGGAAAAUUCCUGACGCAAUUGGCAAACUAGGAAAACUUGAGGAAUUUUACAUUGAAAAUAACAAGUUAUGUGAGCUGCCGCCUGUGCUGUUUGAAGGCUGCUCUCUCAGGCGAUUCAGUGCCCGUGCAAAUCCACUCAGGGAGCCCCCUGAUGAAGUCUGUGGUGGAGGCCUCCAGCACAUCCGCAGUUAUUUCAAACAGCUCCAGAACAACGAGUCUCUGAAGGACAAGCGGGUCAAGACCAUGUUUCUUGGAGCAUCCAUGGCAGGCAAGUCAACUGUGUGUAAAAGUUUGACCAAGCGGGAAUUGGUGACGAUUGCAGAGAAUGACAGGACAAUCGGGAUUGAGAUCAGUGAGUUUCAGAUCGAAGACUUCUCCUUCCUGUGCUGGGAUUUCGCUGGGCACCUGGAGUAUUAUCUGACUCACCAUGUCUUCAUCACACCACAAGCCCUGGUCGUGGUUGUCAUUGACUUGCACAGGUAUAAGUUGGAUGACAAGGAUUCCUUCAAGGAACUAGUUGGUUUCUGGAUCAAUAACAUUUUCAUGAGAGUUCCAGAUUCCAUUGUACUUCCUAUUGGGACUCACGUGGAUCUGUGUAAAAAGGAUGAUGUCCAGAUGAAGAAGAAGGACAUUGAAGAGAAGAUCAAAGAGAUGCUGACUGAAAGAAACGAGAAUUUGAACCAGCGUCUGGCGAAACUAAAUGAGAAAUCACAGUGUGAAUUAUACAGGGAUCAAGCAAAUAAGCUGGAUGAUUUAGUCAAGUAUAAUUUAAAGGUUUUGGAUCUCAUUCCUGUUGACUGCACUCAAUAUGAUGCUAUAAACAAGGCUUGGAUGCAGAUUCUAGAAUCAGUUCGGAAUACAGAUAUUUUCCCAAAUGCAAUCCGGACACUUCCAGUCACUUACAAGAAGGUGGAAAAAGCUAUUACUGGACUGAUUGAAACACAAAAAGUUCCAUUUCAUGGAACUGUAGCACUCGAUGAAUUACUGGAAAUGGUAAAUGUUCACAACAUUGACAGCGAGCAACUGGAAUACAUUUUGAGUUAUUUGCAUCGGAUUGGGUUAAUUCUGUGGUUCCAGAAUCUGCAGGCUCUAGAUAAAAUUGUAUUCCUGAAGCCAUCAUUUCUGAUCACUUUGUUUAAGAUGAUUGUUCGCCAUGAUCUGUUAAACCAGCUGAACAACAUCCCAGCCAAAACACUGAAAAAGGAAUCAGCCAUUAAGCCAGACCAACAAAAAUGGAUUGUUGACUUUCAGACUAAAGCAACUCUACACCAUAAAGCCAUCAUGGUACUUGUCAAGCAUCAACUGAGGGUAAAUGGUAAUAAAGAGCUGCAUGAAAUUGCAGAGGACCUGAUUGGAGAUGACCAAGAAAAGGGCAAACUCUUCCAAAUAUUGGAAUAUUUUGAUAUCUGUCUUUCUUCAAAACUCCAGGCCCUAAAUCCUAAUGCACCUGAGUUCAGACCAGGCCGCCAGUGGUUACUGCCAGAUAGUGCACCGCCUCUCACCUACUUAUUCCCAAGUUACUUGACUGAUGCAAAGGUGGUAUCAAAACAGUGGAAUGAAGACAGCGAUGACGAUCUCCAUGUUAGAGCAUUCUUCUUGCCAGAAAUUCCACAAGGAUUCUUCCACAGGGUAACAAUAAAACUGUGUAAUUUUAUUUGCUCUCACUGGGUUGGAAAGGAGAGGUGCCUGGUGAUAUGUAAUGGAAGGAAGCUGCUCCUGAAGGAACACAAUGAAGAAGCCAACAGUUACAUUGAAUUCCGCUGUAAGGAGAAGGAAGGGGAGACUGAUUUUGAAGGACGAUGGAGCCUGAUUAUGACGGCCAUUGAGAAAGUGAAGAAAGUGUUAGAAGAGUGGCCUGGUCUCCAUUACUCAUUGAAAACACCCUGCAGAAACCCUUCCUGUGGGCAUUACUUUGACUGGCCAGACUUGGAUGAGAAAGGCAGAGACAUUGAGCAGAUCUUGGAGGAGAAGGAAAAGACAUGUGAGAGCUGCGGUGAAAAUUUCCAGACUGAUCUCUUGUUCUGUACAAGUAAAAGAUCGUGGGAUUCCAAUGGGACAGUUGAAGGAAUUCCAUCAAUAGUCUCAACCACUCUAAGUGAAAGCGAAGGCAGCAUUUCUGGAACUGAAAGUGAAGAACUGAUUGAUUUGGAGAAACAAGAGCACAUUUUCCUUGACCCCCAUAUCUCAGCAGCAUUCAGUGACACCACUGUCCUCCCAUACGUUUCAAACUGGACCUGCCUGCUCUCUGCCAAAUCACAGAGGACCCACAUUGUUUGGUCAGUCUGAGUUCCGCAGGGCAGUUUGGAUCACACUGUUCCUGAGUGUGUGGGUAUUUGGGCCUGUGAAAUGAUUCAGGGAAGAUUCAACACCACUGGGAUGAGGAAGCAAUUGAGCACAUUCAAUUCUUUUGAGACCCUUUGUUAGUCUAAAAGGUUUUAAUUGGCAUAACACACAUUUGAGACUAUUUGAAUAUACUUUUUGAGACUGUUUACCUGAUUUCAUCCCCUCUGAGCCUUCUGAAGCAGGCUGUGUGGAAGCAGAGGUAAGAAGCCUGCCCCGGGAUAUUCAUCGCAUGUCUUUUGGAGGUUACAUUAAGCACACUAUAUAAAUGUAGGUCGUUGUUGUUGCAGCUUCUACCUUGCAAAUCUGAUCUCAGUGAAAAUGGGGCCAAUAACUUGUCGAAAGAAAGCUGUGAUCAACAGAUAUUUGGGUGUUGAUAUUUAUGAUGAGGGAUUGGCUGUUCAGUGUUUUGAUAAACAUAGAAGGAAGAGGAUUCCUCCAGGCCUGAGAUAACAUCAGUACCCAAUUAAAUUUUGCUAGUGUAUUUCCCAGGCACAGCAGGCCAGGUGGAGAGGAUGUUCGGUAGCUAGGUCAUUCACAGCAGGGGAGGGGAGAGCGGAGAAAAUGGUGGGUGCUACAUUGUUUUCUUCCGAGUACUUUCUUGACUCAUAUUCAAUUGACAACUUCCAGUGCAGUUGCUUUCUGUUGUCAGCAGUGUGACUGUGCAACAGAGGAGCCAAUGUGAUCAGAAUAUUGCAUUUUUCUUCUGAGCCGGGAAGGGUGAAAAUUCGUCUCCUGCUUACUGACCGACACUGUCUUUCUUUUAAAGAAUCUCAUUCAUGGCUUUUUCUCCCACUUUCUAUGUCAUCUCCUCCUUUCAACCCUUGAGAUCUCAGCUCCCCUAAUACUGACCUCUUUACUGUCCCUGAUUUUAAUCACUUCACAAUUGUUGGCUAUGCUUUCAGCUACCUGGGCCCCAAGCUCCAAAAUUCCCUUAUCACCUAUUUAUCCCUGGGUUGUGGUUCAAAACACUUCUUAGAAAUCAUUACUCUUUGACCAAGCUUUUGGCUAGCUAUUCUCAUAUCAGCUGACAUAGCUUGAAUGUUUAUUUUACACUGUAAUAUUUCUAAGGCACCUUGGCAUAGUUUGCUAUUAAGUACACUACAUUAACACAAGUUGCUUUUGAGCAUUAGGUCCUAACAUAGUGAUUGUAGAGUGUAGUGCUAUUUCCUGAGAUAUAUUCUACCCUCACUGUUAGAACUGUACUCUCAGUAAACCUGCUAAUUUAAUAUCACUUUGAAUUACCUUUGACUGUAUAUUUCUGUGCCACUGAAUCAUUUUAGACUGUUUCAUUACAUUCUGCUGUUGGGGUAUAUUUUACAUGAACAGUGAUAAUGCCUGCACUGUGAUAGCAGGAACCUGUGAUCUGGGCAAUAGAGUCAAUCCCCAUCUUGUGCAAAAUUACUGAACAUUGGGAAACUGUUUUAUUAACAAGUAUUUCCACUCAUAAAAUGCCUUCUUCAGUUUUGUAUAAGUUCAAA